AUGAAAACAGGAGAGCACACGACCAAGAGUUAAGAUAUAAACAGUGGGAAAUCGCACCAUAAGCGAGGUGCUAGUGGUUUAAACAAAGUUGCAGCAAUUGAAAAAGCUGAUAUUCCUUAAGAACCUGCCACAGCCACCUAUAAAAAGAAAGGUAGUUUCGCUUCAGAGGAGGAGAAACUCACUGCGAAAUUAAGGAAAAAUAAGGAUAAGGAUGCGCAUUCCACCAGGGGCGGAGAGACCAAGGAAAAAACCAAGGGAAGUUCAACUCUCAAUAACCCUAUUGAAAAAACUACUGCGUUUGGCAAGUAAAAAUUCGUCAAAAAGAUUAUUGUCGAUAUGGAGAAUGGAGAAGUGAAGAGUUUGGAGGAGGCCUUGGAAUUAGCUGAGGAGGGAACUAUAAUAAAACUAUGCGAAGGAGUUUACACUUGUAACGUGAAAAUUACAAAACCAGGUAUUAAAAUAGAACCUAGAGACAAAGAUAAGCCUGUAUAUCUGCUCGGAAACGAUGGGCCUGUCAUCAAGAUUGAUCUAAAAGAAAAGGAAUAGUUCGUAGUUAUUAAGAAAAUUCUAUUAGCACAUAGUGGAAUUAACAUCGUUGCUAAGUUUAAGGAAGUCCAAUUAGCUGGAAUUGUAAAUGAUGAAAGUAUGGCUAGAAAAGCUAAUGUUAAAUAUUUAUCUGAAUACGACAUAUAAAAGGAUAUGAACACUGUAAUUAUGGUUUCAAGAGGUGGAUUGAUUCUUCGUAAUUGCCUUAUCUCUCUAAGAUCGUUGCCUAAGAAUUUGAACUCUAAGAUUCCUUGUCUAGUGGCUUUGCCAAAUUCUAGAGUAAAUAUAGUAAAUUGCGAAUUCAUGGGUAAUGACAACAAUAUGACUACUGGAUGUAUAAUGGUCAAGGCAGAUACAGUUAUGAGUUCAUGCAGAUUUACUAACUUUAAAUCAGGCGCUAUAUAUUCUGUAGCUGAAAGUGGGUCUCAGGUUGUUAUAUAAGAUUGUGAAAUAACUAAAGGUGGCAAUGUUGGUAUAUAUUGUUAAGGAAAUGAUGCUAAAUAAUACAUCCUUCGUACGAAAAUAGACUACAUUGAUGGAAUUGGCAUCAGAGUACAUAGAGGAAACAGAGCUAAAAUAAAGGGUUGCGAAAUUAUGAAAUGCUAAGUAGGUAUUGAGGUGUUAUCAGCAGACCCACUAAUUUUAAUGAAUACUAUAAGGUAAAAUUUUGAGAACGGAAUAAUAACCAUAGCAAAAAAUUUCGUAAGAUGUGAUGGCGUAAUCAAGUAUAAUGUGAUAGAAAAAAAUAAAGAUAAUGGCAUAGUGUGUGCUGGCAGAGAGAAUUACACUCGUAUUGAGAAGAAUCAGUCAAUUUCAUCUAAUCGUAGAUCUGGCAUUAAAGCGCUUGAAGGAGCCUCGAUAACUAUAAUAAAGAAUAAAAUAAACAGCAAUUUCGCUUAGGGCAUUCUGUUGGUUGAAGGAACGAGUGCGCAUAUAGAAUCGAAUGAAAUUUUCACGAACUUCAAAGCAAAUAUAGCCUUUGGAGGAGAUAACUCCAGUGACACAGUCAUCUAUAACAAUAAGAUAUACUCAUCGAGAAGUGAAGGCAUAUUCGUGAUUGAAAGUGGCUACAGUUGGAUUAAAAAUAACCAGAUUUAUGAUAAUAAUGACGGCAUAAUCAUGUUUGAUAGUUCUCCUCACAUAACUGAGAAUAAUAUAAAUGAAAACUAGAGGGCAGGAUGCAUUGUGAGUGGAAGCAGUUUCCCCAGAAUAGAGAAAAAUAGCAUAUUUGGAAACUCAACCAGUGGUGUUAUCAUAAGAGAUAAUAGUACUGCUUUAAUUCUAAACAAUAAAGUAAGAAAUCAUCUACUUUUAAUAGUUAUAUAUAGAUCUUCAGUAACUACUACUAAGUGUCUACCAGAUAGAUGA